GGUAAACCGUACAUGUUCGACAGAGUGUUUCAGUCGAAUACAACACAGGAACAAGUGUACAAUGCCUGCGCCCAGAAGAUUGUUAAAGAUGUUCUGGACGGAUACAAUGGAACAAUUUUUGCAUAUGGGCAGACAUCUUCUGGCAAAACACACACCAUGGAGGGGAAUCUCCAUGACACAGAUGGAAUGGGCAUCAUCCCCAGGAUAGUGCAAGAUAUCUUCAACUACAUCUAUUCCAUGGAUGAAAACCUGGAGUUUCAUAUCAAAGUUUCAUAUUUUGAAAUUUACUUAGAUAAGAUCCGGGACCUUUUGGAUGUGUCAAAGACCAAUUUGUCAGUGCAUGAAGACAAAAACAGAGUACCCUACGUCAAGGGCUGCACUGAGAGAUUUGUCUGCAGUCCAGAAGAGGUCAUGGAUACAAUUGAUGAAGGCAAAUCAAACAGACACGUAGCAGUUACAAACAUGAAUGAGCACAGCUCCAGGAGUCACAGUAUUUUCCUGAUAAACGUCAAACAGGAGAACACUCAGACAGAGCAGAAGCUCAGCGGAAAACUUUACCUGGUGGAUCUGGCUGGUAGUGAAAAGGUCAGUAAAACAGGAGCAGAGGGAGCAGUGCUGGAUGAAGCCAAGAACAUCAAUAAGUCUCUGUCAUCUCUGGGAAAUGUCAUCUCUGCCCUGGCUGAAGGAACGGCCUACAUCCCCUACCGAGACAGCAAGAUGACCCGUAUCCUCCAGGACUCGCUGGGUGGUAACUGUCGAACCACCAUCGUUAUCUGCUGCUCUCCUUCCUCCUAUAAUGAGGCCGAAACAAAAUCCACUCUCAUGUUCGGACAAAGAGCAAAGACCAUCAAGAACACGGUCACUGUGAACAUCGAGCUUACAGCAGAGCAGUGGAAGCAGAAGUAUGAGAGGGAGAAGGAGAAGAAUAAGACCCUGAGGAACACCGUCACCUGGCUGGAGAAUGAGCUGAAUCGCUGGAGGAAUGGUGAGAGCGUGCCAGUGGAGGAGCAGUUUGACAAGGAGAAGGCCAACGCCGAGGUGCAGGCCUUGGACAACAUAAUCAAUGAAAAGCCGGCCGUCACACCCAACGUGCCGGGUGUUCGCCUCACCGACGUGGAGAAGGACAAGUGUGAGGCUGAGCUGGCCAAGCUUUACAAACAGCUGGACGAUAAGGAUGAGGAAAUCAACCAGCAGAGCCAGCUGGCUGAGAAGCUGAAGCAGCAGAUGCUGGACCAGGAUGAGCUUCUAGCCUCCUCCCGCCGCGAUCACGAGAACCUCCAGGCAGAGCUGAACCGCCUGCAGGCAGAGAACGAGGCCUCCAAGGACGAGGUGAAGGAGGUGCUGCAGGCCCUGGAGGAGCUGGCUGUCAACUACGACCAGAAGAGCCAGGAGGUGGAGGAUAAGACCAAGGAGUUUGAGGCCAUCAGCGAGGAGCUUAACCAGAAAUCGUCCAUCCUGUCAUCUCUGGACUCUGAGCUCCAGAAGCUGAAGGAGAUGUCCAACCACCAGAAGAAGAGGGUGACCGAAAUGAUGUCUUCACUGCUCAAAGACCUCGCUGAGAUUGGCAUCGCCGUAGGCAGCAAUGACAUCAAGCAACACGAGGGCGGCAGCGGCAUGAUAGAUGAGGAGUUCACAGUGGCCCGUCUCUACAUCAGUAAGAUGAAGUCAGAAGUGAAGACCAUGGUGAAACGCUGCAAGCAACUGGAGAGCACCCAGUCAGAGAGCAACAAGAAGAUGGACGAGAACGAGAAGGAGCUGGCUGCCUGUCAGCUGCGCAUCUCCCAGCAUGAGGCUAAAAUCAAGUCCCUGACUGAGUACCUGCACAACGUGGAGCAGAAGAAGAGGCAGCUGGAGGAGAACGUGGACUCUCUCAAUGAGGAACUUGUCAAGCUCAGUGCUCAGGAGAAAGUCCACGCUAUGGAGAAAGAGAAUGAGAUCCAGACUGCCAAUGAAGUCAAGGAAGCGGUGGAGAAGCAGAUCCACUCCCAUCGUGAAGCUCAUCAGAAGCAAAUCAGCAGCCUGAGAGAUGAGCUGGACAACAAGGAGAAACUCAUCACUGAGCUGCAGGAUCUGAACCAGAAGAUCAUGCUGGAGCAGGAGAGACUGAGAGUGGAGCAUGAGAAACUCAAAUCCACCGACCAGGAGAAGAGCCGCAAGCUGCAUGAGCUUACGGUGAUGCAGGACAGAAGGGAGCAGGCCAGACAGGACCUGAAGGGUCUGGAGGAGACAGUGGCCAAGGAGCUGCAGACCCUGCACAACUUGAGGAAGCUCUUUGUCCAGGACCUGGCUACCAGGGUGAAAAAGAGCGCUGAGAUGGACUCGGAUGACACAGGUGGGAGUGCAGCACAGAAACAGAAAAUUUCCUUUCUUGAGAACAAUCUUGAGCAGCUCACCAAGGUUCACAAACAGCUGGUGCGUGAUAAUGCAGACCUGCGCUGUGAGCUUCCGAAACUGGAAAAGCGUCUUCGUGCUACGGCUGAGCGGGUCAAGGCCCUGGAGUCUGCUCUGAAGGAGGCCAAGGAGAACGCCGCCCGCGACCGCAAACGCUACCAGCAGGAGGUGGACCGCAUCAAAGAGGCCGUGAGGGCCAAGAACAUGGCCAGGAGGGGACAUUCGGCCCAGAUCGCCAAGCCUAUCCGGCCCGGGCAGCAGCCAGUGGCGUCUCCCACCCACCCCAACAUCAACCGCAGCGGAGGAGGCUUCUACCAGAACAGCCAGACGGUGUCCAUCAGGGGAGGAGGCACCACCAAGCCAGAAAAGAACUGAAGAACAGCGGGAAAGAAGGACGACACCACUGAAGAAGCCAAUAUCACCCCCCC